CAACAGAUUUAUCAAUAUUUAGCCGAAAAAAAAAUAGAUUAUGCAGUUGAUGUUACUAAUCAAUUGCCGAUUUAUCAACGGAAUAUUAUUCGCCAAAAAUUAGACAAUUUCACUCAAGGAGAAAAAAAAACUUUGGAAAAAGAGAUUCAAGAAAAAAACGGAGAAUUAAAAAAAGUUAAAAAUUUGGUUGAAAAAGCCGCCAAAAAACUAAUUAUUUCCCCUUCUAUUCUCCAACUUAGUGGAGAAAUUGAAUACCCGCAAGAAGAUGGCGACAAAAUAGGGAUUUACGAUCUAACGGAAAAAGAAGUUGAUAAAAUAGAUUGGUCAAAAGGAGCCGAGUUUGCUCGAUCUGGUGAAAAUAAUAAACAAUAUCGCCUCUAUGGAGAGGGGAAAAGUUUCUUCAAAAGGUUAAUCGGAAAACCAACCAUCUAUCAAAUUUAUAGUACUCUUGAUCCUCAUGAAAUAAGGGGUAAAGAUAUAGAAUUUGAUGGCUUUGUCAAUAAGAAAAAUGUAAAAAUUUUCGCCACUAAGGAUUUUACCAAACAUGACUUCUUUGGCGAAGAGUCAUUUAGUGCUGGGGGAGCUGGUGUUCCAAGGACCAGAUUCAAAGAUGUUGGGGGCGUUUUGUUGGUUGGACCACCCGGAAAUGGUAAAACUUUAUUAGCUAAAGCCUUAGCCGGAGAAUGUCGGAUGCCUUUUCUGUUUCGUUCCGGUUCGGAAUUUGAAGAAGCAGUGGUUGGUAUGGGAGCUCGGCGGGUGCGAGAACUUUUCCGCCAAGCCCGUAGUUAUCCCCAAGGUUGUAUUGUUUUUAUUGACGAAAUUGACUCAAUUGGUCGCAAAAGAUAUUCAGCAAAUCCCGGUCAUUCCGAACAAACUUUAAAUCAAUUAUUAAAUGAGUUAGACGGUUUUCAUCCCCGUGAUAAUAUUAUUAUCUUAGCUGCCACCAACUCUUUGAAAGUUUUAGAUAGUGCUCUUUUGCGGCCGGGGCGAUUUGACCGACAGAUUUACAUACCUCCCCCCAAUCUGAAAGGACGGCGGGAGAUUAUUAAACUUCACGCUCGGAAAUUAUCCCUCAAAUCUGAUAUUGACUUGGAGGAAAUUGCGGCAAUGACUAAGGGUCUGAGCGGAGCCCAAAUUGCUAAUAUGUUUAAUGAAGCAUCGAUUUUAAGUAUUCGCUAUGGCAAGAAAUUUAUUGACUAUGAAAUGAUUUUUGAAGCUUAUGACCGGGUGUUAAUGGGACCUUCCUUGACCAGUCAAACUCUUAAUCCAGCCAAAAGAAGAAUUGUUGCUUAUCACGAAGCAGGUCAUGCAGUCAUUGGCAUGAGUUUACCAGAAACAAUUGUUAAAAAGAUUACUAUUAUUCCUCGUUGGUCGGCAGGAGGGUAUACCUGGGUUGAUUUGCAUGGCGAAAAGGACGAUGACUAUUUACUUAACAAAAGUCAGAUGUUAGCUCACGUUAUGUCCUCAUUAGGGGGUCGAGCCAGCGAAGAAUUAAUUUUUGGCCUAGAAUAUAUUACAAUGGGAGCUUAUAGUGAUUUUAAAAAAGCUUCGGAAAUUGUUCGUGACCUAAUUUUGCAUUACGGCAUGUCCGACUUAGGGAUUGUGCCAACCCAAGAAUCUUUUCUUUACGGAGAAGGAGUAUCUCCUGAAUUACCGGAAACAGCCAAGCAAAAAAUUGAAAAUGAACGAGAAAAAAUAAUGAAUCGAUUAAUCGCGAUUGUUGCAGCCAUUAUUCAUACUUAUGGGUACAGUCUAAUCUUCCAAGCUCAGGCCACUCCAGGCGGUUUAGAAAUUAUUACUUCCCAUUUUUCUUCGCGCAAAGAAGAUGAUUCUAAAAUGAAAAAGAGUCUAUUGGAAAAAGAGAUUGAAGAACAAAAGGAAAAAUUGGAAGAAAAAGAUAUGAGGAGGGCUAACGAUUUAGAGAAAGAAGAAGAUAAGGAAAUCGAAAAGAUUUUUGAAAUUAGGGGAAAAAAUUGUUCUCUCACGACUCUUCUGAAAAAUAAAAUAGGGCACCAACAAUUAGAAAAUUAUCCCCAAGAAGUAGAUUAUUACUUAGCAAAAAAAGAAGAAAAGAAAGAAAAAUUGGAAACAGAAAAAGGGCAAAUUGAUAAAGAAAUAAGCAGUGCCUCGGGAGAAAAAUUGGCAAAAAAAUUGCGGAGAAAAAAUGACUUGGAAACUAGAAUUCAAGAAUUAAACAAAGAACAAAAAAGAAGCAUUUUUCCUAAAUAUCUAAGUUAUAUUACUAAUAAUGAGCGACUCUGA